AUGACUGCGGAGGAUGUACCGCAUCCAGUGGUAAAUGUCAGGGGAAGGGAGGUAUCCAUAAUGCUACCCGGAGAGCUGAAAGAGAUCGAGUCAUUGUUCUUUCAAGCCGAGUUGGUUGACGGAGAGUGCGAUAAUAAUGCAUAUUCUUUUGCAAACAAAAGCCCAUGGAGUGUGAAGAUUGAGAUGCGAAAUUCCAUCGAACCGAAUGCCAAACUAAGAAUUCAAACUGUGGUGGAGACGAAAAAUAAGAUUGCAAGUCAGUUUUCGGAGUACAGCAUCAACGAUAAGGGAAUUGGCGAGUUACUUGAUGGGCCUAGCUUAACCUCGAGUACCGAUCUGAGUGAUUUGAUCGCAAAGUGCAAGCCUGUUAAGAAGAGUCCUGCAGAAACACUAUCAGAGUGUUCCCAUAGGAGCGGCUUCUCCGGCGGUGACCUACUCUUCGAAGACAACUUCAACAACGACCAGAAGCUCACGGAUAACUGGAAACACGAGGUAAGGUAUCGUAAUACCGGCGGGAAGAACCAGGAAUUCGUUGCCUUCGUCGACGAUCCUAACAAUUCGAAUGUAACAAACAACAAAUUGCACAUAUCAAUUACCAAAGAUGAGAGAGAUAAGAUUCUUCUGGGCUGCACCAGCAAAAAGGAGGGUCUAGCUAAGAGAAAGGAGUGUGGACGGAGCUCGGGAAGAUCGAAACGGGAGCCUUGGGUCUCCAAGACCUUCAGAUCCGCCAAUAUGCACACGAACUUUACCUUCAAAUACGGACGAGUUGAGAUCAGAGCUAAAAUGCCUACGGGUGAUUGGUUAUUCCCCAACAUUCUUCUGGUGCCUAAUAUUGAAAAGUCUGAUGACGAUUUUGUGGAUCAUAUUCGCUUGUACGUCAGGGGCAAUUCAGUUCUGCAGGACAAACACCAAUCCUCGCUAGCCGGAAAUUCUCUGUUUGGAGGGAUUGUGGUGUGGAACAAAACAGGAUCCGAACCGAAUCCAAGUGAGCACUUCGUCAUCAGGAACGAAGAGUAUUAUUAUGGAGACGGUUUUCACGACUACACUAUUAUCUGGCAGGCUGAUAAAAUUAUCUUCAAGUUUAAUGGCGAGUUCUUCGGCGCAGUACACAAUGCGACACUUCUUGAACCAUUUCAAAAACAUGAGUGCCAUCUAGUCCUGGGCCUCACCGCCGGCGGAAAUGUUAAUUUCAAUGACGAUAUUCUGGAUAUGCAACACAAGCCCUUUUCAAACACCCAUCCCAAAGCGGACAAACAAUUCGAGGAACUGGCUAGAAACUGGAACUGGACACCACUGGUGGUCGACCAUAUCCGGGUGUACGCCAUUGACAAGGAGGGAAAUUAAAAAAAAAAAAUUUCUUUUCAAAGGCGUUUGAUAUUGCAUAAAGGAAGUCUCUGUUUAAAAAAAUUCAAUC